AUGAACUUCCCUGAACCCUUUUCUGGAAAUGGAAUUUACGAAGAAAUUCCAGACCCUCAAAUAAGAGUCAAAUCAAAUCAUCGCAUCUCUAUUAUCUUCUCUACAGUUUCCCACCAAUCACAAAACCUCAUCCUAAAUGAAAAACAACUCCAAUCCGCAUUCACAGCUCUUGGGUUCCCAGAACAAACGCUUUCACAAGAAACCAUCGAAGCCUUAUACUCUUUAGGCCAUUCACUUUCUACAGAAUCUACAAACAGCCCCACACUUUCAUCCUCCCCACCAGGUAUAGACAACUAUGCUUUCCACUCUCUUUGGUCCAUUCUCACCACCAUCCAAAACAUCUUCCACUAUCUCGAUCUUGACCAUGAUAUGCUCAUCUCUCCAUUCGCACAAAACCAAGGCUUUCACCAGUUUACCCAGUAUCUUAAUUCCACAGCCCCAGAGGGGACCUUAUACCCAAGACAAAUACCUCCCAAAACAACAAAACGUUACUACAUCUCUCCAUCCGCUGCUAAUAGUGUCACCCUCGACAUGUUUGUAUGCUCUUGUAUUAAUCAAUACCAAGCUUCAAGACUUUUGCUAAAACUGGAUCCUUUUGGUACAGGUGUGAUCCAAGUUGAUUAUGAAAAGUUUCUAUAUGAAGUUUCUGAGUUAUUGUAA